CAGGGGCGGGGCCGGUUGUGCAGGCUUGCGUAGGUUGCGGGGUUCGGAACCCCAUGCUACCGGAAGCGGAAAUAGCCGUUGGCGCCGCCAGAGUUUCCGUAACUGCCAUCGUGAUGCCGAAGGGUCCUAAGCAGCAGCCGUCGGAGCCCGAGUGGAUCGGGGACGGAGAGGGCACGAGCCCCGCAGACCAAGUGGUGAAGAAGGGGAGAAAGGACAAGAAGAACAAAAAGACGUUCUUUGAAGAGCUGGCAGUAGAAGAUAAACAAGCUGGGAAAGAAGAGAAAGUGCUCAAGGAGAAGGAGCAGCAGCAGCAGCAGCAGCAGCAGCAGCAGCAAAAAAAGAAACGAGAUGCUCGAAAGGGCCGGCGGAAGAAGGAUGUAGAUGAUGAUGGAGAGGAGAAGGAGCUCAUGGAGCGUCUCAAGAAGCUGUCAGUGCCAGCCAGUGAUGAGGAGGGAGAGGUACCUGCCUUGAUACCCCGAGGAGGGAGAAAAACCAAGGGAGGUAAUGCUUUUGCAGCCCUGAUUCAGGAUCAGAGUGAGGAAGAGGAAGAAAAACACUCUCCUAAGCCUGCCAAGCCCGAAAAGAAUCGGAUCAAUAAGGCUGUAUCUGAGGAACGACAAUCAGGACUUAAGAACAAAAAAGGAAAGGAAGAAAAGUCAAAGGGGAAGGCCAAGCUUCAAAAUAAAUUUUCCGCUCUGGACAAUGAAGAUGAUGAAGAUGAAGAAGAAGAAAUAACAAAAGAGCCACCCCAGCAAGAGAAGGACAAGGCCAAGAAAGCAGAGCAAUUCUCACCAGGUUCAGAGGAAGAAGGGGAGUCUAAGACCGAUGAUCCUUAUGCCCACCUUAGCAAAAAAGAGAAGAAAAAGCUAAAGAAACAGAUGGAGUAUGAGCGCCAGGUGGCUUCAUUAAAAGCAGCCAGUGCUGCUGAAAAUGACUUCUCCGUGUCACAAGCAGAGGUGUCCUCCCGCCAAGCCAUGCUAGAAAAUGCAUCUGACAUCAAGCUAGAGAAGUUCAGCAUCUCAGCCCAUGGCAAGGAAUUAUUUGUCAACGCAGACUUGUACAUUGUGGCUGGCCGCCGCUAUGGGCUAGUUGGACCCAAUGGCAAGGGAAAGACCACUCUCCUCAAGCACAUUGCCAACCGAGCCUUGAGCAUCCCCCCCAACAUCGAUGUGUUGCUCUGUGAGCAGGAGGUGGUAGCAGAUGAAACGCCCGCAGUGCAGGCUGUUCUCCGAGCAGACACCAAGCGAUUGAAGCUGCUGGAAGAGGAGCGACAGCUUCAGGGGCAGCUGGAGCAGGGUGACGACACAGCUACUGAAAGGCUGGAGAAGGUGUAUGAAGAACUGCGGGCUACUGGCGCAGCAGCCGCAGAGGCCAAAGCCCGGCGGAUCCUGGCUGGUCUGGGCUUCGACCCUGAAAUGCAGAAUCGGCCCACAGAGAAGUUCUCAGGGGGCUGGCGCAUGCGAGUCUCCCUGGCCAGGGCACUGUUCAUGGAGCCCACACUGCUGAUGCUGGAUGAGCCCACCAACCACCUGGACCUCAAUGCUGUCAUCUGGCUCAAUAACUACCUCCAGGGCUGGCGGAAGACGUUGCUCAUCGUCUCCCAUGACCAGGGCUUCCUGGAUGACGUCUGCACUGAUAUCAUCCAUCUUGAUGCCCAGCGGCUUCAUUACUAUAGGGGCAAUUACAUGACCUUCAAGAAGAUGUACCAACAAAAGCAGAAAGAACUGCUGAAGCAGUAUGAGAAGCAGGAGAAAAAGCUGAAGGAGCUGAAGGCGGGUGGCAAGUCCACUAAGCAGGCGGAAAAGCAAACAAAGGAAGCCCUGACUAGGAAGCAGCAGAAAUGCCGACGGAAAAACCAAGAUGAGGAAUCUCAGGACACCCCUGAGCUCCUGAAGCGCCCCAAGGAGUACACUGUGCGCUUUACAUUCCCCAACCCCCCACCACUCAGCCCUCCUGUGCUGGGCCUGCACGGUGUGACAUUUGGCUAUGAGGGGCAGAAACCACUCUUUAAAAAUCUGGAUUUUGGCAUUGAUAUGGACUCAAGAAUCUGCAUUGUGGGCCCAAAUGGCGUGGGGAAAAGCACCUUGCUCCUGCUCCUGACAGGCAAGCUGACUCCGACUCGCGGGGAAAUGAGAAAGAACCACCGGCUGAAAAUUGGCUUCUUCAACCAGCAGUAUGCAGAACAGCUGCGCAUGGAGGAGACACCCACUGAUUACCUGCAACAAGGCUUCAACUUGCCCUACCAGGAUGCCCGGAAGUGCCUGGGCCGUUUUGGCCUUGAGAGUCAUGCCCACACCAUCCAGAUCUGCAAACUCUCUGGUGGGCAAAAAGCCCGAGUUGUGUUUGCAGAGCUGGCCUGUCGGGAGCCUGAUGUCCUCAUCUUGGAUGAGCCCACCAACAACUUGGACAUAGAGUCAAUUGAUGCUUUGGGAGAGGCCAUCAACGAAUACAAGGGCGCUGUGAUCGUCGUCAGCCACGAUGCCCGACUCAUCACAGAAACCAACUGCCAGCUGUGGGUGGUGGAGGAACAGAGUGUUAGCCAAAUUGAUGGUGACUUUGACGACUACAAGCGGGAAGUGUUGGAGGCCCUGGGUGAAGUGAUGGUCAACCGCCCCCGGGAGUGAUCUCCCUUCCCAGAAGACCAGCUUGUGUGGCCUGGAUGUCCUCUGUUGUCUCUUUGUCUCCACUUAGAAGCCUGACUCUGGUCUGCAGCUGACAGGGAGGGGGAGGUGGUCUUGAUAUGAGCAGAAUGCCACUUCGAUUGCUUCCUUUCCUCUGAAAGAUUUGUCUUUUCACUGUUCCUUAUAAACUGGUCUGGCCUUUCUUUCAACACCCUUCUGUGCCAAAAGAGAUGACCAUCUUCAUUAUCGUGGGUUCCAUCCAAACUUAGGUGACCAGUUGUCUUGAGUCUCUCUCAUUGCUCUGCACCCUGCCUCUGGUCCACUUUAAAGCUUCAGGCCUAGUGGUCCCCUGGUCCUUGAGUGGUGCUGCUCUUCUUUUUGAUGGAUUUCAUACUGACUUUGUGAUACAAAUGGCUGUGGCGGUUCAACCAAGGGAGACGUCUGUGGCCUGAGCUGUUACCCAGGAUUUGGUGCAUGCAGCCUCUUGUCUAGUUGGGGAAUUGGGGGCAACAAAGGAAUGCUGCUGAACUUGAAUUUCCCUGUACAAGGGGAAGGAAUAAAGGAAAGGAAUUGCUGCCACCCUGUCUGUCUGGAGAUUCAUGGGAGCCGGAACUGUUUUUGAUCUUGAUUUGCUUUAUGCAGUAUUCUGGCAGCAUUUAGUAUCCUCACUUCCCCACUAAUACAGAUGGAUCUAACCUGCACUCUUAACUGCACCUAUAAUGGUGCUUCCUCUUUAAGGAGCCUCCCUCCCUUCCCCUCACCUUUCAGACAAGAAUAAGGGAGAAUGGUUCAUCCAUUCCAUCCAGGACACUCAGGUCUCUUACCGUACAAGGUCUGCCCUUGUACCGGGGGCCAGCUACUAAAUCACCCGACAUGUAGAAUACUGUGGGUUAUACAUGAAGGGGAAAAACAGGGUCUGCCUUCAUGAAUAGUUAGAGAAGACUUAGCAGAUAAGAAAUGAAUGUACAUUGUGAUAGGAUAAAUUGCCAAUGCAUGGUUCUCUAGAUUCUUAAGUUGCUACAUGCUCCUAGAAGGGAAGAUUUUUCUGGAACUUGAUUUUUGCCAUGAUCAUUUGCCAUGAUCAUUUGAAAAAGAAUAAGGAUUUGAAUAAUAAGCUAACCAGAAAGCCAUUUUUGGAACCUCAAAAGAGCAGAUCUCAGGCAUGGAAGGAAGAAAACCAAAACUAGGAGUUAAUGAGAGAAUGUGGCUGGAAUGGCCACUUCUUAGAUUGAAGAGGUGGGUUUGGAAAGUAAAAUACAAGUGAUGGGUGGUGAUUUUAGGUAGUGAGGGGCAAGCGAACUGUGAAGCACUGACUGGUAUAGCUCAGUGGGCUGGGUAUUGUCCUACAGGAGGAAAGGUCACCACUUCGAUUCCCAGUCAGGGCACAUGCCUCAGUUGUGGGCCAGAUCCCCAUUGGGGGCAUGUGAGAAGCAACUGAUUAGUGUUUCUCUCCAUUCCCUUUCCAUCUCUCUUAAAUACGUAACAUCUUUUUUUUUUUUUUUUAAGGUAAACUGUAGAAACUUAAAGGGAUGGACCCCAUAACUUCUGUGGGGAUGGGGAAAUCCUGAACUAGACAGAGUUGGAAAGGGCAGGAAAGAUGGAAGGACCAGGUAUGGGAGCUAAAGACAAGAGGGUGAUCAGUGUAGCUAUCCAGUUCCAGGGGGAUAUGAAGAGCUGUUUGUUUUAAGACUAAGGUUGGUCCCUGGCUGGUGUGGCUCAGUGGAUUGAGCGCCAGCCUGCUAACCAAAGGGUCAUCAGUUUGAUUCCCAGUCUAGGGCACAUGCCUGACUUGCCAGCCAGGUCCCCAGUAGGGGGCAUGUGAGAGGCAACCACACAUUGAUGUUUCUCUCCCUUUCUUUCUCCCUUCCCAUUUCUAAAAAUGAAUAAAUAUUUAAGAAAAAAAAAUGAAGUUGAAAUUCUUAAUUUUGAGAAAUUAUUUUCUGACCAAGUGAUUAAGUAAUAUGGGACCUCAAGUAAAAGGAUUGUACUGCAAGAGUAUGUUUGGUGUGGAGACUGUUGCAGAGGUGCCAUAAGGGCACAUGUCCAGUUUAGAGAAAAAGCAACCCCCUCCUAACAUAAUUGGUAAGAUAUUAUGUGUAAUUUCCACAACUCC